GAAAGAAAACAAAACCCAUAAACGUACCCACACACAACAGGCCACCAUGACCAAUGUGAUCCAUUUCCUCCUUUUUGGCACAACCUUUUUGGUUUUUAAUAUAGAAAAAUCCAUAAACUUCCAAAGAAAUGGUCACUUUAUAAAUCCUCAGAAUUGCAAAAUUGUAUGUUCAUUUUUCACUUCAACUGUUUGAAAAGUCAAGCUUUAAUUUCCACUGUUUUGUAUGAAUAAAAAAAUAAACCCAACUUCAUCAUCUCUAUACAAAUAAAUAAAAAACAAAACCCUAUCUCUAAAAAAGGAAAAAUAAAAAUCACCCACAUGAGUAAAACCACAUUACAUUACAGUAUAAUAAACUCGCCAUUAAUUUGAAGCAUCCACCUGGUUUUACCAUUUUGACCUUCAGAAACCCAAUCCACAAAGGCAAUCCCAGAAGUUUUGAAGGGUAAAACUUGAAGAAAAGACGUAAAAAUCUUAAUUAUGUUUGUGAUUAGUGAUAGUUAAUUAUUCUAACACAGAAGAAGUAACCAGGGCAUCAUCGUCGUCAUCAUCAUCAAAGCUUAAAGAGUCAAAGCCCUCAAAGCCCCGAGACCCUCCUUCUUUCCACUUUCUCUCUUUAAAUUUAUACAUAUUUAGAAAAGAAAAGUAAAUUGAAAUUGAAAAGAUCCAUGUCUAUUUAUUUCUCUCUCUAUAGAGAUUUUUAUUUUUUAUUUAUUUUUUAGCUCUUCGAAUCCUAAAUUCCUUUUUAAGUUUAGCUUGUAUAGCUUUUUGUGGGUGGAUGUUGGGAGCAGUAUGCCGGUGAUAGUUUGGAGAAAUGCAAAGGUAUCAUGCUGCCAGCUGCACUGGUGCAGUUAACAAUAACGUUAUUGUUGGAGCAUCAGUUAGGGAUACUGUUCGGGCUGAUCCAUCUUCAUUGGCAGCUAACUUUCCUAUUAAUUCUAGGAGGCCUCCCCCACUUACCCCAUACAAGUUGAAGUGUGAUAAAGAGCCCCUGAAUUCCAGACUUGGACCCCCUGACUUUCAUCCCCAGACUCCAAAUUGCCCUGAGGAGACUCUCACCAGAGAGUAUGUGCAGUCUGGAUACAGGGAGACGGUUGAAGGCCUUGAGGAAGCUAGAGAAAUCUCACUGUCUCAAGUUCAAGCCUUUAGUAGUAAGCCUGUUGUCUUGAAAUGCAGAGAGGCAAUCAGAAAAUGUCUAAGGGCCAUAAAUGAGUCUCGUGCUCAGAAGCGUAAGGCUGGUCAAGUAUAUGGCGUGCCACUUUCUGGGUCAUUGUUAGCUAAGCCUGGAGUCUUUCCUGAGCAAAAGCCAUGUGGUGAAGACUUCAAGAAGAAAUGGAUUGAGGGUUUAUCACAACCACAUAAGCGAUUGCGUUCUUUGGCCGAUCAUGUGCCUCAUGGGUAUAGGAAGAAAUCUCUUUUUGAAGUUCUUAUCAGGAAUAAUGUUCCAUUGCUAAGAGCAACUUGGUUCAUCAAAGUAACUUAUCUUAAUCAGGUCCGUCCUAGUUCUGCUAGUAUUUCUUCCGGUACACCUGAUAAAACUCAAUUGUCACGGACAGAGCUCUGGACAAAAGAUGUUAUUGAGUACUUGCAGAUACUCCUUGAUGAAUUUUUCUCUAGGAAUAAUUCUCAUUCUGCUCUACACACUAGAGAUAGAUCACCUCAAAUGCUUUAUGCUGGGUCAGUACAGUACAGGAGUGAUCCAGCAACAUUCUCUAUUGAUGGUGAGGAGCCGUCUCUACACUUUAAGUGGUGGUAUGUUGUACGACUCUUACACUGGCACCAUUCUGAGGGGCUUCUGCUUCCUUCUAUAAUCAUUGAUUGGGUUCUUAGUCAACUACAGGAAAAGGACCUGCUUGAGAUUUUGCAGUUGCUGUUACCGAUCAUAUAUGGCGUACUGGAUAGUGUUGUUCUCUCGCAAACAUAUGUUCGCACUCUUGCGGGAAUAGCAGUUCAUUAUAUUCGCGAACCUUCUCCAGGUGGAUCAGAUCUGGUAGAUAAUUCUCGUAGGGCAUAUACAACUUCUGCUCUAAUUGAGAUGCUGCGGUACUUGAUAUUGGCUGUACCGGAUACAUUUGUUGCAGUGGACUGCUUUCCUUUACCACCAAGUGUAAUGUCUUAUGCAGUAAAUGAUGGGGUUUUUGUAUCAAGGGCGUCUGAGGAGGCAAGAAAGACAAAAGAUAAUUCAGCUGGAGUUGUUGGUGUUUUCAGAAGUAAAGGGCUUGAUGCUCAGUAUCAAUCUUUUUCUUUUAAUCAGGUUGUUUUAUCCAUUCAGAAACGAGAAGAUAAUCUUGCGAAAGCUGCUUGUCCUGGCUAUUUGGUUCACAGUGCAGCAAAAGCUGUACAGGCAUUGGAUAAAGCUCUUAUACUGGGAGACAUAAAAGAGGCUUAUAAUUUUCUUUUUGAAAAUUUUUGUGAUGGAGCUGUUGAUGGAGGUUGGAUCGAAGAAGUUAGUCCUUGUCUAAGAUCAUCAUUGAAGUGGAUGGGUUCUGUGGACCUGUCAUUUGUUUGUUCGGUAUUUUUCCUUUGUGAGUGGGCAACGUGUGAUUAUCGGGAUUUCCGGACUGCCCCGCCCCAUGAUCUCAAGUUCACAGGCAGAAAAGAUUUUUCUCAGGUUUAUAUUGCAACUCGACUUUUAAAGCUAAAGUUCAGAGAUUUGCAAAGUAAACCUCGUAGGAAGAAUGAGAAGUCCCUUGGAAUCAAUAGCCUUGCCAAAGGUUUGAGUCAACAUAAUUAUGUUGGCAGGGCUCAUGUGAGAAGUGGGUACGAAACUAUAGGUAACUCAAAAAUUGUGAAUGCAAAAAGUACUAAUUCCUCAGAUAUAUUUGAGAGCCCAGGGCCUUUACAUGACAUCAUAGUAUGUUGGAUUGAUCAACAUGAAGUUCAAAAGAGAGAAGGUUUGAAGCGUCUACAGCUUCUUAUAGUGGAACUCAUACGAUCUGGAAUUUUCUAUCCCCAGUCAUAUGUCAGGCAGCUGAUAAUUAGUGGAAUAAUGGAUGCAAAUGUGCCUGCAGUCGAACUUGACAGACGAAAGAGACACUAUCAAAUUCUUAAACAGCUGCCUGGGCUCUUCAUCCAUGAUAUUUUAGAAGAAGCAAGGAUUGCGGAAGGACCUGAACUUUUGGAGGCCAUGCUUAUAUACUCAAAUGAACGCCGCCUUCUCUUAUGUGGCAUCCUUUCUGAACAAUGUCAAGAUUCAGUCAAAUCAAAUAUAUCAGUGCAGAAGCAAAAGCAUCAUACAACCUCUAUAAAAGAUAGUGCUUCUUCAGCUUCCUUUGAUCAGUGGAGAACUAUCCAGUCCCAGUCCAAUCUAUUGACUAAAAAGAUCAAGAGAAAUGCGGACAUUAAGGAACUGAAGUCUUCCAUUUCACUGCUUUUGCAGUUACCUAACUUGUCUUCAUCUUCAGAUACAGGAUUGGAAGAAUCUCAAUCGAGUGUUAAGAGGGCUGCUGAGUCAAUAUCCAACAAAAUGGAUUUGUUUGAAGGCACACCUGGAUGUGAGGAUUGUAGAAGAGCAAAGAGACAAAAGUUGAGUGAAGAAAGGAGCUCAUGCCUUCAAGGCCAUUCUCCGAUAUCAGAUGAUGAUGAUUCUUGGUGGAUGCGGAAGGGGACCAAAUCCUUAGAUUCUUCCAAAGUUGAUGUACCACUGAAAUCAUCCAAACAGGUUUCUAAGGGUAGGCAAAAGGUUGUGCGUAAAACUCAAAGUCUGGCUCAGCUAGCAGCUGCUAGAAUUGAGGGUAGUCAGGGAGCUUCUACAAGUCAUGUGUGCGACAACAAGGUUAGCUGCCCUCACCAUAAAUCUGGAAUGGAAGGAGAAAAGUCAGUAGAUGGGAUCAAAACAUUACAUGGUGGAGAUAUUGUUUCAAUUGGAAAAGCAUUAAAACAGUUGCGUUUUGUAGAGAAGAGAUCCAUUACUGUUUGGUUGGUAACUGCUGUUAAGCAGCUUGUUGAGGAGGCUGAAAGGACUGCCAUCAAGUCCAGCCAGUUCAGUAGAUCUUUUGUUCCUGCUGAUGAUAGAAGCUCCAUACGGUGGAAGCUUGGUGAGGAUGAGCUCUCUGCUGUAUUGUAUGUGAUGGAUGUUUGUAAUGAUUUAGUUUCUGCAGCCAAAUUACUGCUUUGGUUGUUGCCAAAGGUUGUCAGCAAUCACAAUUCUACAAUCCACAGUGGGAGGAACACUAUGAUGCUGCCAAGAAAUGUGGAAAACCAUGCAUGUGAAGUGGGAGAGGCAUUUUUAUUAUCAUGCCUGCGAAGGUAUGAGAACACAUUUGUUGCAACGGAUCUUGUACCUGAAGUCUUGACAACUGCAGUCCAACGUGUUUUAGCCCUACUCACCUCUAAUGGCAGGGUUUCUGGUUCAGCAGCCUUGACUUAUUCCCGGUAUUUGUUGAAGAAAUAUGGAAAUGUGCCAAGUGUUUUAGAAUGGGAGAAGAAUUCCAAGUCAACAUAUGAUAAAAGGCUUCUUUCUGAGCUUGAACCCAGUCGAUCACUAGAUGGAGAGUCUGGAUUUCCACUUGGUGUUCCAGCAGGAGUUGAAGAUCUUGAUGAUUUUCUCCGUCAAAAGAUAAGUGGUAACCGGAUAACCAGAGCUGGUAUGAGCAUGAGAGAUCUAGUGCAAAGGCAGAUUGAAGAAGCUUUUCACUAUUUCUUUGGUAAAGAGAGAAAGGUCUUUGGUGCUGGUAUACAAAAAAGCUCUGGACAUGAAAAAUCUGAUGAUGGGUACCAAAUAGCUCAACAAAUAACUAUGGGAUUGAUGGAAUGCAUUCGGCAGACUGGUGGUGCUGCUCAAGAAGGUGACCCUUCUUUGGUGUCUUCUGCUGUUGCUGCCAUAGUCAAUAAUGUCGGACCAACUAUUGCAAAAAUGCCUGAUUUUUCAGUGACCACAAAUUAUUCAAACGCUUCAUCUGCUACUACUUCAUUAAAUGUUGCUAGGCGUAUUCUGCGCAUUCAUAUAAGCUGCCUAUACCUUCUCAAGGAAGCUUUUGGAGAGCGUCAGAGUCGGGUUUUUGAGAUAGCUCUUGCAACAGAGGCCUCUUCUGCUCUUGCUACAGCCUUUGCUCCAGGAAAGGCUUCUCGAAGUCAGUUUCAAAUGUCUCCAGAUGAUUCCAAUGCAAAUGUUCCAAAUGAGAUGUUGAACAAUUCUGGAAGACCUGGAAGAGUCACAAAAAGUGCUGCUGCCAUAUCUGCUCUCAUUGUUGGGGCUGUUAUUCAUGGUGUUACAAGCUUGGAGAGAAUGGUAACUGUCUUGAAACUAAAGGAAGGGCUGGAUGUAAUUCAAUUUAUAAGGAGCACAAAAUCUACUUCAAAUGGCAAUGCUCGUAUGGUUCCGGCUCUUAAGGUGGAUAACUCUAUUGAAAUCUAUGUCCAUUGGUUUAGGCUACUCAUUGGGAAUUGCAGAACUGUAUCUGAUGGUUUAGUUGUGGAGCUCUUGGGUGAACCAUCUAUAGUUGCUCUUUCAAGGAUGCAGCGAAUGCUCCCUCUUAGCUUGGUCUUUCCACCUGCCUAUUCUAUAUUUGCCUUUGUUAUAUGGAGGCAAAUUAUUCUUAGCAAAGAACUUGCAAACCGCGAAGACAUCAAUCAAUUAUAUCAAUCUUUAAUAAUGGCCAUUGGUGAUGCCAUUAAGCACCUUCCUUUUCGGGAUGUGUGUCUGAGAGACAGUCAAGGCUUUUAUGAUCUUGUAGCUGCGGAUGUUAGUGAUGCUGAUGUUGCUUCCAUGUUAAAUGCUUUGGAUAUGCAUUCCAAAUCUGCAGCAUUUGUUCCUCUCCGAGGAAGGCUGUUUUUAAAUGCGAUCAUUGAUUGUAAAAUGCCAGAGUCUUUAUGCACACAGGAUGACAGCAAUCGACUUUUUGGACUUGGGGGAUCCAAAGUUCAACAUGCAGAAAGUGAAUUAAAGCUUCUUGAUAAGCUUGUGAAUGUGCUGGAUACUCUACAGCCUGCGAAAUUCCAUUGGCAGUGGGUUGAACUCCGGUUGCUUUUGAAUGAACAAGCCCUUGUUGAAAAGCUCGAGACCCAUGAUAUGUCCCUAGCAGAUGCUAUCCGUUCUUCAUCACCUGGUCCUGAAAAGGCUGCAGCUUCUGAAAAUGAGAACAAUUUCAUUGUCAUCAUUCUCACAAGGUUGUUGGUCAGACCUGAUGCUGCAUCCCUUUUCUCAGAACUGGUUCAUCUUUUCGGGAGGUCACUAGAAGAUUCAAUGUUGCUGCAAGCUAAAUGGUUUUUGGGAGGACAGGAUGUUCUUUUUGGACGCAAAACUAUUAGACAACGCCUUACUAUUAUUGCAGAGAGUAAAAAUCUUUCAACUAAGGCACAAUUUUGGAAGCCAUGGGGCUGGUGUAGGUCAGGCUUGGAUCCUGUGACAAAUAGAGGAGAGAGGAAGAAGUUUGAGGUCACCUCCCUUGAAGAGGGGGAGGUUGUUGAAGAUGGUACAGAUACUAAAAGGUCUGGAAAAGUGUCCCCCCAAAUGCUUGAAUCUGAAGGCUUCAACAUUAGCCAGCAGUACAUGACUGAAAGGGCUCUCAUUGAACUAGUCCUUCCUUGCAUAGAUCAAGGUUCAGAUGAGUCACGCAAUACUUUUGCAAGUGAUUUGAUCAAGCAGUUGAAUAAUAUUGAGCUACUGAUAGCUGCUCGUGGUGCAAGUAAGCAGACAGGAUCAGCCUCAUCUGGACUGGAAGGUCCUGUGAAUAAGGGUAAUAGCCGCAAAGUUAUAAGGGGUGGCAGUCCUGGAAUGAAUAGACGGACUACAGGAGCUGCAGAUUCUACUCUGCCAUCGCCAGCUGUAUUGCGAACUUCUAUGUUACUGCGAUUGCAAUUAUUGCUGAGAUUGCUUCCUGUCAUAUGCACAGAUGGGGAGCCAUCUGGCCGGAACAUGAGGCAUAUGCUUGCAUGUGUAAUAUUGCGUCUCCUUGGCAAUCGGGUUGUGCAUGAGGAUGCAGACUUAUCCUUCUAUCCCAUGAAAAGCUCUCAAUCCAAGGUGGAAGUGGAGUCAACACUGGAAGUUGCUUCUACGGAUUCGCCUGGUGAAAGUCUGUUUGAUCGGCUACUGUUGGUCCUCCAUGGAUUGUUAAGUAGUAGCCAGCCAAGUUGGUUGAAGUCAAGGUCUGCCUCCAAGUUAAUGAAUGAAUUUUCCAAAGACUCUUCUGGAAUUGAUCGUGAGUUGGUGGAGACUUUACAGAAUGACUUAGAUCGCAUGCAGCUGCCUGGCUCAAUUCGGUGGCGCAUCCAAGCUGCAAUGCCAGUUCUUCUUCCUUCUGCUCGAUGGUCUAUCUCUUGCCAACUACCAACUGUUCCCAUUGCUGCUGUUGCUUCACUACAACCUAGUAUCACAAUUUCUGGACUUUAUGCUGGAAUGCCACCACAGAAAAAUCCUCUUCCUUUGGCACGAACAACAAAUGUUCCAGGGAGGUCCAAAUCAUUGCCACUGCAACAGGAUAAUGAUAUGGAAAUUGACCCAUGGACACUCUUGGAAGAUGGUACUGGAUCAGGCCCAUCAUCAAGUAACGCUGCUGUGGUUAGCGGUGGUGACCAUGCUAAUCUUCGAGCUUCUGCAUGGCUUAAAGGGGCUGUAAGGGUCAGACGGACAGAUCUCACGUACAUUGGUGCUGUUGAUGACGACAACUGAUUUUAGUUAACUUCCAUUAUUGAUUUGGUCUGGAGUGGACAAUCCCCUCAACAGGGUAAGUAAAUGCUUUGUUAAUGACCUGUGAUUAGCAUCAAGGUUCCACCUUGUUCUCGUCACCGAUGAUGAAGGAAGCUGUUGGAAGGGGCAUUCUUAGGGGGGCAUGCAGUUCUUGCAGAGGUUCUGAAACAAAGAUGCUGUUACACAGCCUGCCCUGCCAGGUCUCGGGUCCAAUUGACUACUAACUUUUGAUCAUAGCCCCAUCUGGACUGCGCAUAACAGGUGCAGUUCGGAGGCUGCUUGUAUAUAUAGAGAUAAAUAUUUCUUUUUUCUUUUUUCUUUUUUUAAAUUUUACCAAUUCAUUAGGAUAAAAUAUCUCAAGAAUGAUUUGUAGUUGUUUCAUGAGCAUCAAUUUAUUGUUGCAUCCCCACUCUCUGGUUCGUUGGUGUGGGAGUAUGUUUGCGGGCGCCCAUGGAGACAUUUUAAAUGCACGAAUUUCUGGUUGUCGCCUGGGAUAUGUGGUCCGUUUCUUUAUUAUUCCUCCCCAGGAGGCUCCGGUGUCUCAUCUGAUCUCCAAAUAGUCCAAGUUUAAGCCGUGGGGCUUGGUAUUGGUUCAUUUCUGUAACCUAGUAGGACUUGGACUAUGGUUCGAUGAAUUUAACUGAAUUAUAAUUUGUAAUAGGAGGAUAAUGUUGAUUAAUAUAAUGCAUGACCACUUUUUUCUUUU